GUGGGGAAGGGCUUAAAGGCUGAGUCAAAAGCCAAGAAGUCUCUUUAUUUACGCCUACCUCCCAGCCCCUGGCAAUCUGGCUAAUAACAAACUGAGCUAACAAGAAAGACUAGAAAGAGCAGAGAGAACACAGAAGCAGCUUGGAUCUAAAAAUCUGAGAAACCAAGUGAUCAAGUCAAGCUCUGCUGAGCAUCUUGUUUGUUUACCACAUCCAAAUGCUUGCAAACAGUUAACUAUAUGCAGAAAAGUCAGCAUAGCUGUGAAGUAUGCUGUGAAUUUUAAUUGAGGAAAAAGGACAACUGCUUACAGGAUGGUCUAAUGUGCAUGCUGCCUAGAAGAUUUUUUCAAUUGAACGCUUUGUACUGUAUCUUCUGAACAAGGAUUUUAACUUUAUGGAGCUGUAGUAUUACCAGAGCUUGCAGCAAAGUGAAACUCGGAAGAAAGUGUGCAUUUUUCACAGGGGAAAAUUACAUCGCAUUGAAACAGCUGCUCCAACUGUGCAUUACUGAGCAUUUCAGGCAGUGUUACUGCUGUACAGAAUCUGCUGGUCAAGAUGAAGCUCUGGAUUUUUAUUCUAUAUUCAGUUGUGUUUGCAUCUGAUCAUUUCCAGUCACAGCCUUCUUUUUCUUCAGUCCGAGGAUCUUGUCAGAGUUUGUGUUCCUGUGAAGAAAAGGAUGAUACCAUGAUUAUAAACUGUGAAGAAAGAGGCAUCAAGAUGGUAUCAGAAAUAAAUGUCCCACCAUCACGGCCUUUCCAUCUUAACCUGUUAAACAAUGGUCUAACUAUGUUACACGCGAAUGAUUUUGCUGGCCUUGUUAAUGCUAUCUCUCUACAUCUUGGUUUUAAUAAUAUCGCAGAUAUUGAGCCUGGGGCUUUCAACGGUCUCAGCCUUCUUAAGCAACUUCAUAUCAAUCACAAUUCUUUAGAAACACUUAAAGAAGAUACCUUUAACGGAUUGGAAAAUUUGGAGUUUCUUCAAGCAGACAACAAUUUCAUCACAGUGAUUGAAGCAAGUGCCUUCAGCAAGCUCAAUAGGCUUAAAGUGCUUAUUUUGAAUGAUAAUGCCAUUGAAUAUCUUCCUCCAAACAUAUUUCGUUUUGUGCCAUUGACUCAUUUAGAUCUUCGGGGAAACCAGUUACAGAUGCUGCCGUAUGUUGGCUUUUUGGAACACAUUGGUAGAAUACUAGACCUUCAGUUGGAAGAUAAUAAGUGGGCCUGUAACUGUGAUUUGCUGCAGCUGAAGAUAUGGCUAGAAAACAUGCCUCCUCAGUCAAUAAUAGGUGAUGUUGUAUGCAAUAGUCCCCUAGUUAUCAAAGGCAGCAUUUUAAGCCGGUUGAAAAAAGAAUCACUUUGUCCCACUCAUCCUGUCAACGAACUUGAAGAUCCUUCAGGGUCACUGCCCUUGGUUGUAACCACCUCUAUCAGUGAUAGUCACCUAUCAACUAAGGUGAUUCCUAUCCUGAAAGCUCCUACUAAAGAACCAAGUUUAGUGUUUCAUACUUCAAAGCCUACUACUCAGUUUUCAGGAAUUUAUUGUCCUGUCCCCUGUCACUGCACCAGCCAUAUGCUCUCAGGAGUUCUCAUGCACUGCCAGGAGCGAAAUAUUGAAAGCUUGUCUGAUUUAGGACCACCUCCUCCAAAUCCUAAAAAGCUUGUUCUAGCUGGAAACAUUAUUCAAACAUUACUGAAAUCAGAUCUUGUGGACUAUGCCAGCCUGGAAAUGCUUCACCUGGGGAACAAUCGCAUUGAGCUCCUUGAGGAAGGUUCCUUUAUGAAUCUGACUAGACUGCAGAAAUUAUAUCUCAAUGGCAAUCAUCUUACAAAGCUAAGUCAGAAUCUCUUCCUUGGCCUUCAGCACCUUGAAUACUUGUACCUUGAAUAUAAUGCCAUCAAAGAAGUUUUGCCAGGGACAUUUAAUGCAAUGCCAAAACUUAAGGUCCUCUACUUAAAUAACAACUUUCUGCAGACUUUGCCACCCCAUAUCUUUUCAGGUGUUCCACUUGCCAGGUUAAAUCUGAAAACAAACCAAUUUGCUCAUUUGCCUGUGAGCAAUGUCUUGGAUGAACUGGAUAUGCUGGUACAAAUUGAACUUGAAGACAACCCCUGGGACUGUACCUGUGAUUCACUUGGUCUGCAAAAAUGGAUACAAAAACUGAGUAAGAAUACAAUGAUGGGUGAUAUUUUUUGUAAAUCUCCAGGACACCUAGCAAAAAAGGAACUGAAAUCCCUGAACAGUGAAGUCUUGUGUCCAGGUUUAAUAAACAGCCCAUCCCUACCAACUCAUGCUAGUUUUGUAGUUGUGACAACUUCUUCUACUACUACCAACACUGCAGACACCAUCCUACGGUCACUUACAGAUGCUGUCCCACUUUCUGUUCUAAUAGUUCUUGUUUUGCAUCGGAGACGAAGAUGCAAAAAGAAACAAGCGGAUGAACAAAUGCGGGAUAGUAGCCCAGUUCACCUUCAGUACAGCAUGUAUGGGCAUAAGACAACACACCACACAACAGAGCGCCCAGCUGCAACUCUCUAUGAGCAACGUAUGGUUACUCCCAUGGUUCAGGUCUACCGCAGCCCAUCCUUCAGCCCCAAGCAUAUGGAACAACAGGAGGAGGGAAGUGAGAAGGAAGCUAGCGAUUCCAAACAUCUCUGCCGAAGUCUCCUAGAAAGAGAGAACAGUUCACCUCUUACAGGUUCAAAUGUCAAAUAUAAGGCUACUGAUCAAUCGGCUGAAUUUCUGUCUUUUCAGGAUGCUAGCUGCUUGUAUAGAAACAUUCUUGAAAAAGAGAGAGAACUGCAGCAACUAGGGAUCACAGAGUACCUAAGAAAAAAUAUUGUCCAACUCCAGCCUGACAUGGAAGUUUGUUACCCUGGAACACAUGAGGAGCUGAAGCUAAUGGAGACACUCAUGUACUCCAGGCCAAGAAAGGUUUUUCUGGAACAAACUAAAAAUGAGUAUUUUGAACUCAAAGCUAAUUUACAUGCUGAGCCUGACUACUUGGAAGUCCUGGAGCAGCAAACAUGAAGUGAUAAUACGUUGGGCUGGGGCCGAAUUUCCGUAAUUAUAUUUCAAGUUGGAAAUGUGAAUCGAAGUGCCUUAUAAUAACAUGUCAACAGUCAGAACUUAAGCACAGCAGUAAUCCUAGCAAAAAAAACUCAGGGAUCACUGUGGGAAGCCAUGGGGUAAUGCGCAGGCAAUAUGUGCUACCCCAAGUUAAACAUGGACUUUGUGUGACUGAACUGUGGAAGGAAGAUUGCUUAUAGUAAUAUUCCUCAGCAUUUUAAAAAGGUGUGUGUGGCACUCUCCAUUCUGUACCCAAUCUAUUGAAAAAAUGUUUCUUACCUUUAAUUUUUUUUUUUCACUCAGUUUAAUUAGAUUCUUUU